CUAUUUUAGUCUAUGCGCUGGUGACGCUGAACAAGAUGCGAUCUUUUUAAUUAUUAAACACAUUUAAAUAAAAAGCAUUUAGUUUUUUUACAGUUAGAUAAAAGUGUAGAAUCUCGGGAGUGAUAUACUUAUUUUCUACAAUGACGACUUUGGGCCCUAAGAAGGAUGGUGCACCAAACAUCGAGUUUUUUCAGUCGCCGGAAUCCCUAUCACAAUUCGACCAAAUCCGUGUUUGGUUACAGAAAAACUGCAAAAAGCAUGUACAAACUGAUCCACCAACCAAGGAAGGUCUCGCACAGCUUGUUAUACAACUCAUUCAGUAUCAAGAGAACAAGUUGGGGAAGAAUGCCAGUGAUCCUCCGUUUAUGAGGCUUCCAAUGAAAGUGUUCAUGGACAUGAAGCCGGGCGGCUCUCUGUGCACCGUGCUCGCCACCAUGUUCCGCUUCAAGUCGGAGCAGCGGUGGCGCAAGUUCGACUUCCAGGUCGGUAAGAAUCCGUCGCGCAAGGACCUGAACGUGCAAAUGAUGAUGGACAUUGAAUCGUCUCUACUGAGCGCAGAGAUUAUACGAUCACCCUGUAUAUUCAUACGGUCGGAUGUGGACAAAGCCACUGCGAACAAAGUCAAGGACAUCAUUGUUAACCACCAAGGGGAAAUAUGUGAAGAAGAAGAAGAGGCGACGCACAUAAUCUACCCGGCGGUGGAUCCGCUGGAGGAGGAGUACGCGCGGCCGGUGUUCAGGCGCGGCGGCAGCGUGCUGGUGCACUGGUACUACUUCCCCGACAGCCACGACACGUGGGCGCAGGCCGACUUGCCGAUCGAUGUACCGGAGACCGUGAGCUGGGAGUGCAAUCGCGGGGAUCCGUGGCGAGUGUCGGCCACGUGGGCGCUCGACCUGCCGCAGUACAACGAGUGGAUGAACGAAGAGGACUAUGAGGUCGACGCCAACGGCAAGAAGAAGGUACAUAAACUUCGUCUGUCCGUCGACGAUCUCAUACCAGGCGCAGAGCCCUCGAGCAAGGGUAAAAAAGGCAAGAGGAAGCGUUCGCCCUCGCCACCGCCCCAGAAACAUGGGAAAAGAAAAAGUCGUCUGACCAAGCGGCGCGACCUCGACGACGACGAGGAAGACAACGCGUCGCGAGACAACACGGACGUCGCGCCCGCGCCCGAGCCGGAGCGGCCCGCUGAAGUGCCAGCUCCGCCUGCCGCCACCACGAGCGCGGCGCCGCCCGCUGCGAGCGUCGAGCCGCCGCCCGCGCCCGCACCCGAGGCGCCCGCCACGCCCGCACCCGCCAUGGACGCGCACGACGACUCGCAGGGCAAGCACAGCGACUCCAACACGCAGGAGAUGCUCAUCAAGGAGGAGCUAGAAGACAACGUGACCGACCAGACGCAUCACAUCGUGGUGCCGUCGUACUCGGCGUGGUUCGAUUACAACUCCAUACACACCAUCGAGAAGCGCGCGCUGCCCGAGUUCUUCAACAACAAGAACAAGUCCAAGACGCCCGAGAUCUAUCUCGCUUACAGAAACUUCAUGAUCGACACAUACCGUCUGAACCCCACCGAGUACUUGACUAGUACCGCCAGCCGGCGGAACCUGGCGGGCGACGUGUGCGCCAUCAUGCGGGUGCACGGCUUCCUUGAGCAGUGGGGAUUGAUUAACUACCAGGUGGACACAGAGUCUCGUCCCACAGCGAUGGGACCACCGCCAACGUCGCACUUCCACGUACUGUCCGACACGCCGUCGGGCCUGCAACCGUUGCAGGCCAGACCGACGCAACCCAGACCAGUGGAGAACGCCGCAGUGCCGAAGGUGGAAGCCGGUCUGCCGAACGGCACGGAGGCGGGCGCGCCGGUCAAGGUGGAGCCGCCCGUCGUCAAGCAAGAACCGCUGCUGGAGCUCGGCACUGCGCCCGGGCUUAAACUGGAUCAGUACCGAGGCGGUGCUCGUGGUCGCGAGUGGACGGAGCAGGAGACGUUACUGCUGCUAGAGGCGCUCGAGCUGCACCGCGACGACUGGAACCGCGUCGCGGCGCACGUCGGUUCGCGCACGCACGACGAGUGCAUCCUGCACUUCCUGCGCCUGCCCAUCGAGGACCCCUACUUGAACGACACGUCUGCCAGCGGAGUGUUGGGUCCGCUGGCGUACCAGCCGAUACCGUUCAGCAAGGUGGGCAACCCGGUGAUGAGCACUGUCGCCUUCCUCGCCUCCGUAGUGGACCCGAGGAUCGCCUCCAAAGCCACCAGGGCUGCGAUGGACGAGUUCGCUGCCAUUAAGGACGAGGUACCGGCAGCCAUGAUGGAGGCACACGUGAAGGCGGCGGGCGCGCACGGUCCGGCCGCCGCGCUCGCCGCCACCGGCAUCGCCGGCACCGCGCCGCCGCCCGCCGCGCCGGCAGCGCCCGCGGCUCCCACCGAGGUCAAAAAAGAAGGCGGCGACUCGAAACCUGAAGCCAUGGAAGUGGACGCCGAAGGUGAAGCCAAGGUCAAAGACGAGCCGUCGGAAGCUGCGCCGGCAGAAGAUGUCAAAGAAACGAAAGACGAUGCGACGCCGCCACCAGAAGCUACGGCAGCAGUGGACGCCAAGCUUCAAUCCGCGGCGGCCGCGUCUUUGGCAGCUGCGGCGGUGAAAGCCAAGCACCUGGCCGGCGUCGAGGAGAGGAAGAUUAAGUCCCUCGUCGCUCUGCUGGUCGAGACGCAGAUGAAGAAACUGGAGAUCAAAUUACGCCACUUUGAGGAGCUGGAAGCCACGAUGGAGAGGGAGAGAGAAGGUCUGGAGUAUCAGAGACAACAGUUGAUACAAGAGCGGCAACAGUUCCACUUGGAGCAACUAAAGGCUGCCGAGUUCCGUGCUAGGAAUCACGCCAUACAGAGGUUACAAGCGGAGACGGGAGUGACGGUGCCUGGCGGGGCAGUGGCGGGACCGGGCGUGGCGGUGGCGGGGGCGGGAGGUGCGGUGGCGGGGGAGGCGCCCCCCGCUGACCCCGUGCCGACUGUGGCGCCGCCGCACCACGCGUAGACUCACUCGGAACAAUAUCUCGACCAUGUAUAGUGCGACAUAAAAGAGUAGUGAGUGCCAAGAACAACUUCUUGGCUCUCAAUUCAAGUAGUGGCAUUUGCAAAUUCAACCUUAAACUCAAUCCUCAAGGAUGAAUUGGCUCUAAAUUUGAGAUUUUAUUGAUCAUUGGACUAUAUUUAAAGGCCUUUAGGUAUAAUUUUCUUUACCAAUAAUUCUAAAACUGUCAAAGCAAAAUUUUUCCAGUUUUAAUUUGUAUUUGAAAUGUCUGCAUCCUUGCCGUGGCUCGUGCGCUCUAUCUGCCUAAUAUUCUUUAAUCUGUGGUCGUAUCUACAAGUAUUUUGGUGUUCCCAUGGAUCUUAUAAAAAAUGUUUCUCAUAUUGGUUUGCAAAUUGUAACUAAAAAAUAAUAAUAAAGUUCUAGAAGUAAAAAGGAAUGCUGAACAUUUUCUUUGGUCACAUACAGUUUAAUUAAUGAAUUAUAAUUAAAUGUAAUCUACACGCAUUUACCGAUAGUAAUGAUUAACUUUAUCGGAGUUCACUGUUAAAUGUAAUUUGAUUAAAAUAAUGCAUGUCAGCAAAAUUAUAUUAGAUUGUUUUAACCGACUUCCAGAAAGGAGGAGGAGGUUCUAUGUUCGGCUGUUGGUUUGUUCGCUUUUAGUUUAACUGUUGGAGUUUACUCCUUGAGAAUCGAUUUUUUAUAUAUAGUUAGCCCUUGGUAUGAAAAAAAUAUAGGCAGUAAAAUUUGAUGAACGAAUGACAGCGUUACGUUUUUAUGCGCAACCUAUUCCGCGCACCUUUCAGCGUAGGCUGCCCCCAACAGCGUGCAUAUGCGGGCGUGCACGUGCGGUCGCAUGCUAGCGCACGCCGCGGCCUGCUGCACCCCGGUUGCGCACCUUUCACUUUUCAGGCGUAGUAUUGAGACGUAUAUAGUGUAUGCUGCGGGGCAACAUACACAUAUUUAGACAGUCGAUCUGAAAGAGUAAACUCCAUUCGUGCGUCGGAGCUGACACACACUUUUAUUUAAAUUACGAAUAUAUAAAAUAAGUUUAAAGGGUAUUUAUAAAACGCAGUGUAUCGCUGCGUUUUAUAAAUAUUAUAGAAAGCUCGGAUUUCAAAAGAUAAACAAAUAUUGUAUUGCGUAUUGCUGGAAACCCGCCAACAUGCAUUGUAGACGCAUGUUGGGCUCGCUAUUAUAAGUAGGAUGGCCUAGGCCCUGUCGCUAUAAUGGGCCGUUAAAAUAGGCUGAUAAUAAUGACUACAGUCUGGCAAGUUCGUUCAUGAUACUCCCAUGAUAUGCGGGCGACGGGGGGAAAGAUUUCGCGGGUGUGAAAUCGUGCUUGCGGGGAAGUGAGGUGCAUCAGUCGUGGGCUUUUCAUUCAUCGCUACACGUCCCCCGGCCCGCUCGGACCAUCGGUGUGAGUGUUAUGAACGAAGUUGCAAAGCUAUACUAACACUUUAUUGACUGACCUUAACCUCGUAUAUAUACUAGACACAGUUUGACACGUAGACAACUAAAUUCUCAAAAUUGUAUGUCAUUGAAAUAUCCUAUAUACCACAUCACCUGUCAUACGUAAUACUAUAUUGAAUUAAAAGUACCAGGUACCAGGAAAUAUUAGAUUCGCUUUACUGUUUCAAAUUGGUCUGAGAGACUGUAAUAGUCACACUUACCACAUUAAAUGGAGGCUCAAAAAUUUGUCAGCUCAUGCUCCUACAAUAGGUAAAUACGGUAGGCAAUUAUGGAUAUGGAAUUUUGACUGUGGGCGCUUUGGUAUGUACGGUUUCAAGGAUCCAGAACCUCAACUAUCAAAGUGUAAAGUGUAUUUUAUUUUUAAUUUAAAAAAUAUGUCGUCAUUCGUCAAUCAUUUGCCCCCCUACCCUGUGAAAAUCAUCGUUAUUUUUUUUUUAUGAAAACUUCAAUGGUCUCUACCGAAGGGUUACUAUGACGCUAGACGUCUGGCGAUUAGAGACACAAUUGUUCAUGACGAAUUUGAAAUAUUUAAAAAAAAAUAUAUUUGAAUAAUCUGUGACAUUACAGGUUAUGUGAUUUUUUAUGUUUACACCGGAAGUAUAGUAAAUUACCAUCUCUGUAUUUUUGAGAUUCCAGGAAAACUGUGAGCCACCAAACCAUUUAGAUCGUUUUGACCAAAAAAAAGUACUAUAACGUCACAUAAUGGCGGACAGUGUUCGGAAAAAUAGAUAAAAUACCCAAUAUUUUACUCGAAUUUUUAGAAUAAUCUUUUACUAUUUUUUUUAUUAAAAUUGGUAUAUUUCGGACCCUUAUUUCAAGUUCUAUACGAAAUUAAUAUUGUUAAUGUUAAAUUUGAUAUGAGUCAAGUACCCUAUUGUCUACUGUACGUACAAUCGUAGGAGAAUAGGCUAACAAAUUUUGAGCCUUCCAAAAAUGAAGCAUGUCUAACUAUCGCAAGCUCACGGUCAAUAUAUCCGUAUUGGUUUAUUUAGAAACACAAAAUAUCCCAACAAAAUUAUCUAUUUAUGACUAAGUAUAAUGAUGAUAUAGUUAAAUAAGCUUUAAGGAUAAAUAGCUGUUAUGUUCAAUUAAUUAAGUUUAGCGUUAGGAAUUACCUUUACGUCAUACUUUAUCAAAUAAAAAGCUAUGGAAGUC